GCAUAAAAUGGCUGCCAUCACACUCGAUCUAAAUAAGCCCCGUUUGUGUUAUCUUCUGAUAUGGGCAGUAUUUAAUGCGAUGUGACCACACGUGAGCGACUCAAUUAAUCAAAUCAUAGAAUUGUGACUAAGUACAUGUAGUAUGUACAAAUCAGAUUGUCUGUCCAGUACAAAGAAGACACGUGACCACGGGCAUGUCCGCCAUUUUCUUCCUUUUGUUUUUGCAGUCUGUUCAGCCUCAUUAUAGCUGCAGUAACACAGAUUCUCAGAUAGAGGGAGACAAAAACUCGAUGCAUAUACAUUCAGCACUAGCAAACUCGCAGGUGUAAACAUGAGCUAGUUACAGACUAGUGUAGUUUGGCAGAUGGUGUGUAAACAGGCAACUGUUGCCUAAGAGAGAUUGUCGGUUAAAGAGGAACUCGUAAUGGAUUUGUAGCUUUGACACGUGGCUCAUAAUGUAUGUUAGAUUUUCUCUGUUGUGGCUUAUGUCGCGUUUACACUGCACUCGGUCGGACAGCGCUGUCCCUGGGACAGCUGUAUGAACGAUAAUGACCGAUGGCCGAGUUUGUGCAGCUGUGGCCGAAGACAGGCGAUAAUGAAGUUUUUGCACUGUAAGAAAAUCUUUUGAGACCGCAGUGUACGGAGUUAAUUUUCAGCAACCAAUUUAAAUAAAGAGCAUCAUCUGCAGCGGGCAAUCUCCGCCCAACAGGUAUAUGGGGAGAAGAGGGACAGCAUGGUAAUUCCUGUGCCUGAGGCUGAGAGCAACAUCACUUGCUAUGAGAGCCUCUAUCCAGGCGACUUUAGGAUGCCCAAGCAACUAAUCCAUUUACAGCCCUUUGGUUUGGACACAGAUCAACCAGAUUAUGACCUGGAUUCAGAAGAUGAGGUGUUUGUUACCAGGCUAAGGAAGAAAAUGGAGGUGGGGGCUCUGCAGUUUGAGGAGAUGAUCGAUCGGCUGGAGAAAGGCAGUGGGCAGCAGUUGGUGACUUUGCAGGAGGCAAAACUUCUUCUCAAGGAGGAUGAUGAGUUAAUCAGGGAGGUGUUUGAUUAUUGGAGCAAGAAGAGAAAAUUAUGUCAAAGUGGCUCUCUAAUUCCUGUUGUAAAACAGGAGAGGCGAGAUGGUUCGAGCACCAAUGACCCCUAUGUUGCUUUCAGGCGUAGGACUGAAAAAAUGCAGACCAGGAAGAAUCGUAAGAAUGAUGAGGUUUCAUAUGAGAAGAUGUUAAAGUUGAGAAGAGAUCUAAGCAGAGCUGUUACCAUACUGGAAAUGAUAAAGAGACGUGAGAAGAGCAAGAGAGAAUUGCUGCACCUAACCCUGGAGAUAGUGGAGAAGAGGAAUUGUAUGCCUGAUUUUGGAGGUGAGGUUAUUGCAGAGGUCCUGGCUCAGCGGGCAUUAGAGAAGACCAUUAUUCCCCUAAUCCCCAUCACCACGAGCAGCCAGUACAGACAUACAGAACAAGACCGCGACUAUAAGAACAAGGUGGACAAGCCAGAAGUGGUACGUCAGAAGAGGAAGUAUGAAAAGAAGCCAAAGCCCAUGCUGCUUUCUGGUCACCCUAUCCCUGCUACAGUCAACAGUAAAGCCCUUAAUCAGUAUGAUUUCCCUAGCUCAGAUGAAGAGCCGAGCUCACAGCUAUAUUCUGGCUCAUCAGAAGCAGAGGAGGAGAAUGAACCUGAUGGUGUGUUUGCGUUUAGACGCAGGUCCGGCUGCCACUAUCAAUCUGUGUGUGGGGAGCAGCGUUCAUGGCCAUGGUCAGAUCCUGCUGAGAGUGGUUUGGGAGAUGCUCGCUACCGUUACUCUCUCACCACUCUGACCAUACCUCAGCGAUGUGUGGGAUUAGCCCGACGAAGAGUUGGAAGAGGGGGCAGGAUUCUCUUGGACCGGGCCUUUUGUGACUGGGACGCUGUGUAUCAUGGGUUGGGCUUAGGUUGUCCCACCCCCUCAUUUAUCCACCAAUCUGUUAGUACCAAUUAUCAUACCAUUGUCCAAACUUCUGCCUCAGGUUGUUCCUCCUCCUACUCUUCUACAUACUCAUCUGACCUCUCACAAGUCCUCCAUAAUAUUAAGAACUGUCGCUGGAGGCACUUCAGACCUUGGACAGCCCUGACCCAUGACCCCAAUAGCGUCCGACCCUGCUCAGCACAGAAGCUGAGCUGUGGCCUCUUCGGUCCAGCCAGAAAUCAAGCCAACAGCAGACCAUUUGCUCCUCCACCCACACCUGUGUUUACGGCUGAGCAGUAUCAUGUCCAUCAGGAGCAGCUAGCCUUGAUGAAGAAAGAGCAGCUGGAGCAGGCACAGCAGCAGCACCGAGUCAAUGCCAAGACACAGACUUUUUCAUCCAAGACCUUAGACUCUUCCAGUGCACAGUUUGCUGCCUCUGCACUGGUGACUUCAGAACAGCUAAUGGCACUGAAGAGUAAAGAGGAAGGUAUUCUGGGUGUUGGAGUCAAUGGAGUUAUAUCAGCCUCAGGAGCCUAUAAGGGAUUGCACCACACAAGAACAACAUCCAACAGCUCCAUACCCAUCUCUAACAAUCACCAGUGCUCCCCUACCUCCAACCCCAACAAUGGAACUUCCUCAGAUAAUCACCAUGUUGGCUCAGUCAGUCCAGCCCCUGCACAGGUGCUGUUAGCUGGGGCAGUGAGAGUGGGUGUGCCAUCACCGGGUGCAGCGUUAACUGUGCGACAUUUGCAUCGUCAGCUCACAGAUCCAUCUUCCGCCCUAAAACUUGCUGCCAAUGUCAACAGGCAGCUCCCUAAAGUCACAACUAGUUCUACCACACUGGACAUGAGCAUUAGGUUCUCCAGUUUCCUACACCACCCAAAAGCAAACGGGGAAAAUCAUGAUCAAGAAAAGCCAACAUUGAACAGUAUAACAGAAAACACGGUAGCAAUGGAGGUUACGUAGCCCUACCCCUUUUCCUUCAUCACCCCAAGAUUUUGGGCGUCUAAACCAGGUGCUGUGCAUCAGUGACAUUGUGUGUCCAAGGCAGCUGUUGGGACUAUACUGCAGUGUUUGCCGCUUAUUGUUUUGUUACGGUCAUCUGUAAAUUAUGAAAAGCAUUUAUACUAUGUACAUUUUUGUAAUAUGGCCCUUUGUACAUAACAUUUACUUGAAUACAGAAAUUCUGCGGUUAUGUUUUGCACUUUUUUUUGGUCAAAAAACAAACUGCGACUUUGUUGGAGUGAAUGGUGGUGUCUAUGUUCAUGUGGUGAUGUGAGAUCAGAUGCAUGGUGUAAACCUGCUAUUUUAUCUAUUUAUUGUAAGGUGUUUACAGGAAAUUUACUUUGUUUUUUAUACUGUGUGACCUCUGUGGGUGUCUGUGCGUCUAACCAUAUGUGAUCGUUUUCUUGUGAAAAAGUGCAUUUUUUUUUUCCAGUUAUGUUCCCUUGUACUACAAUCAACUCCUUUCAUGGUCAUUUCUGUGAAAUAUUAAUUGCUUGUAUGUACACAUACACAAAUAGAUUCACUGUCAUACCUCUGUACACCUGCUCAUUUAUAUUUCUAAUCAGCCAAGCAUGAGACUGCAAGAGCUUUAGUUCAUGUUCACAUUAAACAUGUGAAUGGGGAAAAGGGGGAUCUUUGUGAUUAUGGCGUGAUGCCAAAUGGGCUAGUUUGAGUAUUACAGAAAAAUGCAAAUCUGCUAAGUUUUACACACAUAACAGUCGCUAGUGUUUACACAGGAUGGUGUGAAAAAUAAAAAAACGUUUAGUAAGCGACAGUUCUGUGGGUGAAAAUGUCUUGUUGAUAGGUUAAGAGAUCAGAAGAAAAUGACCAGACUAAUCUGAAAAUUACCGACUACUAUUGCUCACAGGAAGUUUAUAUUAAAACUGUGGUGAGCCAAGAAAUCAUGCAUGCACAAAACAUAACACCUUGAGGUGGAUGAAUAGCUGAAAACCACAUUGGGUUCCACUCGUGUCAACCGAGAACAGCAAUCUGAGAUUUUCAUGGGCACAUACCCAAACUGGAUGGUUCAAGAUUAUGGGGAAAAAAUCACCUGAUCUUUUUCCAAUGUUCACUUGUGUAAUUUGGGCAAGACUGUACACAUUAUGGCCUUAGAUCUUUGUUGAUAUGAAUAUUACCUCAAACUUUUGACCUAUAUCCGCAUGAUUGUAUGCAUUAUGCUACUGCCGCAUGGCUGAUUGGAUAAAUGCUUAAAUGAGUGGGUGUACAGGUGUUCCUAUUAAAAGGGGAGUGGUCCAUAAGAUCUCUUAUAAGGUCCAUAAAGACAUGGUUUGUUAAGCUUUGAAUGGAAUAACUAUAGUUGCCUUUACAGAGCCUUGACCUCAACCCCAAGUACACCUUUGGGACUCCCCAUACCAUACAAAUCCCCCCACACUCAACUACACUCUACUGGGAAGACUUUCUACAAGAUUUUGUAAUGCGUAAAAAUUAGCUUUUGUGAGGUCAGACACUGAUUGAAAGCCAGGCCUUCUUGUCCAGCAUCAGAGUUCUAAUAAUUCCAAAGGUGUUUAUUGGGUGCCAGGAUCUGUACAGGCCAUUUGAGUUUUGCUGGUUGUCAAUUUGUAUACAGGUGUAUUUGUAUACAAGUCUUUAUGUACAGGAUAGGGCCUUCCCCCAACUAAAGUUCGAAACAUUCAGUUUAGAUUUAUAGGUUGUAGCAUUAUAACAUCUAACUAAACCCUGAAAAACAACCCAAAACACUUACCCGUCCUUCACAAAACUGUUGGCACCUUGUAUUAGUGUUUUCCUUCCAUCUACUAAACCCAGUCAAGGUGCCAGAUAGCUAAGCUAGAUUUGUCACUCUAAAAAAAAAAAGUAUCUACUACUUCAAAGUCCAGUUGCAUGUGGUUUACACCACUCCAGCUAAUGCUUAUAUGGGGUAUUAUGGCAAUUUAUGUGAUCUGCACUUAAGCACACUUAAGAGUGUGAAGUUUGGCUGAGCUAUUUUGCUCCAAGACUCUUGUAGCACUACAUUUUGACGAGAGCAAAUCUAGCAGAGCUGAAACUUUGUAAACUGAUUCAUCCUAUGAUGGUGCCACAAGUCAAUGAGUCAAUGAGUAAAUGUGUGUGUGUGUGU